GACAGCUCCCCGCGCGGUGCGAGUCGCGUGGCCCGCGGGCGUCGUCAGCUCCCCGGGCCGCGGCCGGCCGCGUGCGUCGGAGACUCGGAAGGUGGCCGAGGUCUGCGGACUUUGCCAGUUGUGAAAACUCGGAGAAGUCACUGCGUAGGGGAGUCGGUGACAGUCGCUGCGGCUUUGUUUUCCAGAUGCAGAAGAGGAAGCUGGGGGCCCCGGUCCCGGGACUUUUUGGGUAGGCAGCCGCAGAGCUGUGGCCCCGGCUGCCUGCCUUCACCCAGCCACGCCCAGGUUAUGAGCCUGGAUAGUGCUCGUCAGGACUCUGUGGCUUCCUGCAGCAUGAGCUGGGAUGUCAUCCCGCUGGAGCGAGCAGGUACAACGCCUUGUUUGCCAAGCGCCAGUGAGACCUCUGAUAAGAACUUCUGUUCUCGGGGCACUGCAGCUGAGAGCGGGCGUGCUGAAGUUAGACUGGAGCCCCCCCUGGACGGUGGCUUUGCUGGCCAAACAGAAACUGUGUCUCAGGAGGAAGGGAUGGCUGUCUGCUGGAGGAGUCUCCUUGGAUUAGAACCACCAAGAGGGGAUGCACCCACCAUGGACUUCCAGUGCCCCACAGAGCUCCUGGGUGCUCUUCAAGUCUGGCCGAGUCCUGGGGUCCCGGAAGUCCUCACUGGUGACAGGAAGUCUUUCCAAGAAAUAUCAAACCUUAGUAGGAGUAGAAGCUGCUACAGCCCAACCUGGACCUCAACCUUCGGCUCUAAACAGGAGCCAAGUCCUUUCUUCUCAUUUCCAGAAGCAAGUGUGGCCAUGCUGGUCUCUGUGGGAGUCUCAGAGUUACCUGGCCUCCAGGUCACCCCGAAAGUUGGGCCCCUAAUGCCAGGGUCCCGGUGGAGUGUGGGAACCUGGUGUGACUAACACCGGUCAGGCGCAGGAAGCCAUGUCCAUUCCUUCUCCACCUCUUUGGUGGGAGGAGGGAGACCUUCCACAGGGAAGGCAUGGAGGGUCCUGCGGCCAGCCUUCCACCUUCUCAUCAGAAGGAAAGAAGGAGAGGGGAGCACCUCACGUCACCCUGGCUGGAUUUCGCUGUCAUUUUUAUUAAUAUUUAAUUACCCAAAUAAUUCACUUUAAUUGCAGGUUGGGGCACUAUUGUAGCAUAAAUAAUAUAGCAUUCAACCAAGGAGGAAUGGGCUUAUAAGAAAAAUGCAACACUUUAUGGGAAUUUUUAACUUUUUAUUUCAUUUUAGAAUCCCUGAUUUUUAUCAUAGCUGUGCAUUUGAAAUUGAUGAUCUAACAAGCUAUAGAGGUGAAAUUAUAAUAUAAACAUAAUCAUAUACGAU